AUGGAGCCUUUGGAAUCAGUGACGUUUGAAGAUGUAGCGAUCAACUUCACCCAGGAAGAGUGGGCCCUGCUGGACACAUCCCAGAAAACCCUGUUCAGAAACGUGAUGCUGGAAAAUAUCACCCACCUGGUCUCCGUAGGGUAUCAGAUCAGCAAAUCAGAUGUGAUUUCCCAGCUCGAACAAGGAAAAGAGCUGUGGAGUGAAGCAACAGGAUGCCUCCAAGGCCAGAGUCCAGAUGGUGAAAGUCCGCUUAGACGAGAAAUGAUAUUCACGCAAAGUGUCUACAGGAAACACAUAUUUGCCACCAUGCCAAUGGUUUCUCACACACAAGGGGAUCCUGUUGGAUGGACUGAUUUGAGUGAUGAAUUUACUCGUAGAUCUUCACCUCAACAUUCACCAAUUCCCUUAAGAAGGAAAAGUAAUGUCAGCAAACAGCAUGGAAAAUCACUUAGUCAAGGGUCAUUCCUUGAUGGACAGGAUCACACUCACACUAGAGCUAAAUCGUUUGAAUGUCCUCUAUGUGGGAAAGCCUUUAGUACUGGCUUUAGGCUCAGGCAACACAAGAUGAUUCACACUGAAGAGAAACCAUAUAAAUGUCAUGUGUGUGGGAAAGUCUUCAAUCAAAGUUCCCUCGUGAAACGACAUGAGAAAACUCACACAGGAGAGAAGCCAUAUGAAUGCUGUCUAUGUAAGAAAACUUUCAGUCAAAUCUCUUACCUUAGAAAACAUGAGAAAAUCCAUCCCAGAGAGAAGCCCUAUGAAUGUCAUCUGUGUGGGAAAACCUUUAAUCAACGUUCUGGACUUCGCACACACAACAAAAUCCACACUGGGGAGAAACCACAUGUAUGUCUUCUGUGUGGGAAGGCCUUCACUCAAACUUCUGAACUGACUCGGCACAUAAGGACCCACACAGGAGAGAAACCCUAUGAAUGUCAGCGGUGUGGGAAUGCCUUCAGUCAGCAUGCAAACCUGAGAAGACAUGAGAGAACCCACACUGGAGAGAGGCCCUAUGAAUGUCAGUGGUGUGGGAAAUGCUUCAGUCGUGGCUCUUCCCUGAGACGACAUGAGGGAACCCAGCACUGGAGAGAAAGUCAGGAGGGCCCUCAGUAUACGUCCUGACCUGAGAUGACAUGGCGUCAUACAUGUGAGGAAUGUGGAUGGAACACCAGCAUAGCUUUAGCAUUUAACCAUACCAAGGUUCACACCCAGUAAAGAAACUCUGUCUGUAAUCAAUAUGGACACUCGUUCAGGCACCACACUCCUUAGUCCAGACAGGCAUCACCUGUGGAUGUGAAUCCAUACGUGCGUGCCCUCUCUCUGUGGCAAAGCCUUUAAUCAUUGGCCUAAUUUUAGGUAACUUAGUAGAACUCACUCUAUAAAUACAAUAUAGGUGUUUUCAGCAACAGCUCCCCACUCUAAAGACCCUAGAGCAGUGGUCCCCAACAUUUUUGGCACCAGGGACUGGUUUUGUAGAAGACAAUUUUUCCACGGGCCGGGGGUGUGUGGGGUGGCAUGGGGAAUGGUCCAGGCGGUAAUGCAAGUGAUGUGGAGCAGCAGAUGAAGCUUGGCUCUCUCUCGUGCUACCUCCUGCUGUGCGGCCGCGUACCUGACAGGCUGUGGACCAGGUGUUGGGGACCCCUGCCCUAGAGACUUGAGCAGAGGAUAACCAACGCCUAGUUCUUUUUUGGUAAUUAUUCUUCAACACGAGCCAACUCCAGGUGGAGAACCACUAAGACUGUAAUGACUGUUAACAAACAUUCAGCUGAUCACCAGGCUUGAUGUGCACAAGAAACUCCUCCAAGAAAUAAACACUAAAACAAGAACGAAGAUGUAAACUCUUGAGAAAUACCCAAGUAUGUUGAGCAACACCAAAGCAUACUUAUAAAUAAUUCAUCCUGAAGAAGUGAAUCAAUGUAAAGUCAUGAGAAAUUCUUUCUUCAUAGAACAACCUCUCUGGAACAUGUGUGCUCAGACUGUACAACACAUCCUCAGUGUCGUGAAGGAAGGGAAGUCUUCAGUGAUCACUUAAUUCUUAGUCAACAUUAAAUUCUCACACUGAGGAUGUAGCAAUCCUAAAACUCAAAGUGGAACUACAGCUAGAUCUUGUAUCAGAAAAAACUGACCCUCUGAGUGGGAGGGGAGCCUCUUAAAGAAUCCUUUAACACACAUUCAGGCAAAUUGUGAUUUGUGGAAAUACCUCUUCAUGCAAAUGUAGCAUAAAAUGGAGAGUAAAGUGAUCUAGCAAUAUAGAAUGUAGAGUUUGGAAGAAAUUAAAAUUUGUGUAUAGAAUAAUAGUUGCAAAUAUUCAAACAAUAAAGUCUGUGGCUAAAGGAGCCAAGUGUUGGUGUCUGGUUUUCUUUGUGCCCCUGUAAACACAGGGAUUCAGAUCUGCACUCCUGGAAAGUGGACAGAGACUCAGCCCCACUCUCUGAGUGUCCCCUUUCUCCACAGCUCUUUCCACACAACUCAGCUCCACUCAUUUCAACAUCCCUCAACCCCAUCUACCCUUUCAGGCCCUGGUAGUGACACAGCUCUGAUCUUCAGCUCCACUG